UUCUAAGACUAGCAGAAGAACCGGAAUCGAAAUUCCACCUCCAGGAUGAUUUCGCCGGCCGGAAGUGGCCACCGCUCGAACCAAACGUCGCUGCACGUGGCCAACCUGUCGCCGAACGUCACCGAGGCGAAGCUGCUGGAAAAGUUCUCCGCGGUCGGUGCCGUCUGCUCGGUUCGGAUCUGCCGGGACAGGGUCACCCGGCGGUUCCUCGGGUACGCGUACGUCAGCUUCCGGCGAGCGGAGGAUGCUGCGCGUGCCCUCGAAACCACGAAAGAUCGCUUGUUUUUUGGACGACCAAUGCGUGUGACGUGGGCCGAGCGCACUGCAACGCAACCGGGAAUGCCGGCGGAGCCAAGGAAGGAUAAGAGAGAUGUGAACAAACCGGUGGAUAAUCCGGUUGGAAUCUUCAUAACCGGUCUCAACGCAGCCAUUCGCGAAAAGGAACUUGAAAGGAUUUUUUCCCCGUCGGGGAACAUUGUCGAGUGUGGCGUUGGUCUGGAUGAUUCUGGAAACUCCAAGGGAUUCGGCUUUGUGCAGUUCGAGACCGAGGAAGCGGUUGAGAACUGUCUGGAAAAGGUCAAGGGCUGGAUGCUUGUGGGCUCAACCCUGGCCGUGACCAAGCUGUACACAAACAUUCAUGUGUACAAUUUUGGAUAUCGGCUGUAUUUUGAGAGCUUCCGCGCACUGUUCGAACCGUACGGAACCAUGAUCGAUUACCGCGUGGUCAAACAUAACGGGAAGCCCCGCGGAUUUGGAUACGUGACAUUUGAGAAACUGAAGUCAGCAGCGCUUGCGAUUGGUGAAUUAAACGGAAAGGACCUCGGUGAAGGCUUGAAGCUCAAGUUGGAGUCGGUGCCGCGUCCUUCUUCGGACGGUGAAGGCCCACCAAAGCACGACCAAGGCGUCUGUCUGUACAUCAAGAUUAUGGAAGCAUCGGUCAGCAGUGAACGCCUGCAAGAUCUUUUCUCUCCAUUUGGACCUCUUAUCUCCGUGAAAGUGUUUGCGGGAGUGAACGGACUAGGUCAACGAGCCGGUUUCGUCCGGUUUGUCUCGAAGGAAGACGCAACUCGUGCCAUCGCUGAGAUGGACGGCAAAGUCGUUGGCAAUGGACCACUUUCGGUUACGUUUGCUCUCGUCAAGGACGCGAAGCCGCCUGCCGUUCAACCUUCCAAGCCGAAAGGUAGCUCGAAGAAGGAGAGGCCAACUCCCGACAAAGUUCCAGCGCAAACCCAGUCAAUAAAGGAGAGGCGCGCAUUGACCGACCGGCUGUACCUGGUGGUUCGGCAGCUUAACGCGUCGAUGGCCGGUUCGAUUACGGCCAAACUGCUGGAGCUGGACGACUUGCCCCAGCUGAUGACACAACCCGUCGCGCUCAAGGCCAAGGUGGACGAAACCGUUGUGGUGCUGCUGCUGAAUCGCGAGCAGCAUCUGGGGCAGAUCGAGUGCGCACAGGCAGGAUCGGCCGCUGCCUAGCGGAUUUGGAGGGCACGGUUUUGGAGAGC